AUGGGAAAGGGCACGACCGAGCCGAUAGACGGAGAUGUGAUCAUGCAGGCUACUCUGCGAGGGCAUAUAUCUUUCGCUUUAUCCGUGCUCCUGCCGCUUGGUGAUGUCUCGUUGAAAGCCCUUCGCUUGCACCUGGAGUGGAAGUUAGGAUCUUGCCUGAAGGAGCGGAAGCUGGAAAUUAGACGACUGGCAGGGUUGUCAUUAGAGCAGACCGCGCCGAUCCUGUGUGCUGGAGAUUGGGAGCCAAUUCCUUUUGGAUCGCAUGUCGCAGAUCGUGGCCGAUGCCUCUUUUCUGACUUACGUGACCUGCCAGCAGAUGGUCAGUGGCAUGAUCGCCCUGUCAUUGGGAACACAUGCUGCAAAUGCCUCGGCUGUGCUUGCUGGGACCUUUUUUGCUUCACGCACGGCAUCCGACCUGAUGGAAAGAUGCCUUGGGAGGGGCUGAUCGGCGGUGAAGACUCUGGCAACUUCGCGUGCUGCAGUGAAACUGGUGCUGGCAGACAUGUGCCCUGCUGUUCAAUGGUCGGUUUCGAGCCAGCAGCCGCCCAUGAGGCACGCCACCAGAUGACCGCCUGCAUUCUGGAUAACAUUGAGGCCGCGGGGGCCUGCAUCAGGGCGACAGGACAGGUCAAGCGCUUCUCCGCUGACUUCGUUGCGGACGUUGAUGACAGUCCUGCGUGCUACUGGUGUUUUGAUCCUGGCGGUGUGCGUUUGUAUGUUGUGGUUUUUGCGGUCGACAACGUGAAGUCGAUGUUUCAGGAUGGUUGCAGGGCUUCCGCAAUCAUGAACGCGGCGGUCCAGUACACGGCGUGUUCGUGUGAUCCCGGGGGUGAGUCUGAGCUGGGUACGUCCCUUGAGUCAUCCCUCCUCAAGUGUGAGGGCAAGCUUCGCUAG